AUGCCUGUUGCUCACCAACAUAUUUGUCAUUCUGCACGGCUUAGAGCCAAUACUCGAGUGCACUCAAGGGCAAUGGAUCCUCGAGAGUCUUUCUCCAAUGUACCACUCAACCUCCCUCCAGAAGCACCUGCCAUCAAGAUGUCAAUUCAAUGGCAAAGCAAAAAUGCCCUCACUGAUGUCUUGGUGAACUACCUAACCACGCACCCCUCUGAUUGUAGGGUUCUAUUCUAUUCCGAGGGGAAGAAAAAGAUGUCUCCUGCUGAUGACAACCCCUCUGGCAAGGACAAAGGUGAUAUCUAUGGCAUUAUCACUCAUCUUAUUUUUGGGCAACACAUCAAGUACGGCCCCGCAUACCAUCAGAACCCGAAGAAAUUCCAUGAUUCAGUCUCCAAUCAUGUCUCAGGGACCAAGUACAAGAAGCACAAGAGCCAAUUUACUGCCACAGGUGCUGGUGUCAUCCUGUUUGAUGGGACAUCUAGAAAAAAUCUGUUAGAACGGGUUCUUGCGGAUCUUCCAUGGUAUUCGGAUCUCGAUUCCAUCUGGCAUAGUAAUCCCUCCAUAGCGGCGAAGACACACUCCUUUAAGCCAGGCGUUGAUCAUGCAGGCACCCUAUAUUCACUUGUCCAAUCGCGUGGUGGGGCUUGUCCCUCCAUGCACUUUGGUGCCACUGCACCUCCCCCUAAUGCUUAG